AUGUGCUCGCCCAACGUCCACUUUGAGCACCUUAUCGGCUCGUCCAACACAUCACCUGCAGCGCCAUCACAACCUUUCCGCAGCCUCUCGCACGCUCGCACCGCCGGCGCAUCGUCCUGGCGCUCGAAUAUCGGCGCUGCCGAUGCAUCCAACCCAGCAACAUCGACGGCGGCGCCGCUGAGCCACACCAUCAACCACCACUCGUCCGUGCUCUCGCUCGCCGUCGAUGAGCGUCGCAAUUUGCUCUACUCGGGCUCCCAGGAGGGCUGCAUCCACAUAUGGGACCUCGAGACGUUUCAGCCAGCUGCGCGGCUGCAAGGUCAUACGGGAAGCGUGCUUGCACUUGAGCUCGCUCCGGAGAAACGCUGGCUCUUUAGCUCGUCCGGAGACAACACGAUCCGCGUGUGGAACACCGAUACGAAUGCGCCGCUCUUUGUGGUUCAUCCUGCCGAAGAGAACGUCGGCGACAUUUUUGCACUCAAGUGGUGCGCCGGGCUCGAGACGCUGUAUCUGGGCUGCCAGUCCACCUCGAUCCAGUGGAUCUGUCUGGCGGGUUUCGAUAAGCAGCCCGGCCCGUCCAAGCGGCUCGAUGCCAACGAGUCGCUCGCGCCGCACUACGACGUGGGCACAGCAUCGCUCGGCUUCAACCAGGCAGGCGCGGACAGCCCGAUCAUCUCGACGCCGGACAUCGUCGCACGACCGCACAAGUUCUUCGACUCGGUCCCCGUCGCGCUCAGCAGGUCCGGCCUCGGCAGCGCCGGAAGCUCGACUCCAGCACGCGUGCGGCCGCCGUCCUCGGCCCCUCUGAAACCCUCAAAGGCAACUACUUCGGCCGACGGGCCGCAACCCACCGAGCCAGAUACGCACCUGAGCGACAAGGGCCCGCUGUCCACCACCCGCGCCACCGAAAAGGUUCUGCACGCCGCAUCGCAACGCCUGGAUAGCACGGCCGUGCGCGACGAGGUGGCACGCGACGACUCGGGCGGAUCGGUGCGCACGCUGCUCGUGCCACCCAGCUCUGCAGUUCCCUCAGCGCACUUUGGCUACGUCUACUGCCUGGCGCUGCUGACGCUCGAGGGCGAUGCGCAGCAUCCGACCGUGCUCGCUUCGGGCUCGGGCGACGAGACCAUCAAGCUGUGGCACGCCACGCGCGCCGGCCUCUCGCUGCUCGCCACGCUCGAAAGCCCGAAUGCGGACGGCAACGCUGUGCUCGCGCUUGCCUCCUGGAAGACGACCCUUUUCGCCGGUCUGCAGGGCGGAGAAGUCGAGGUGUGGGAUCUCGAGACGUGUACGCUCGUGCGCACCAUCCGCGCGCACUCGGACGACGUCAUCUGCCUAGAGACGUGUGCCGAGUCCGGUCUGCUGUUCACCGCAGGCGCGGAUGGGAAUGUUCACACGUGGGACCGGUCCUUUAGACGCAUCAACAGGGUGCAAGCGCACAAGGGCAUCGUGUUGUCCAUGACCAAGGUGCGCACGCCUGCUCAAAGCGGCGAGGCAGCGAGGGUGGCACAGCUAGUCACGGGCUCCAGCGACAAUUUUAUCCGCAUCUGGGACACAACGCCGUCACCCGCGCUGCCGUCAUCGUCGCGCGAACCAGUGGCCGAACUGCGGCGCCGCGAGCUGGAGCAUCUUUCACUCGAAGAGCCUGCUACGCCCUCGCUCUCCUCGACGCCGGUUGCCUCAUCGUCUGCCGCCAUGACGCGCGCGCAGGUGACGGAAGAGGGAGAGACGCCCGAGGCAGUGUCGGCGCAGUGGCCGCUGCUGCGCUCGCUGCUGCGCAGGUUCAUCGCAAUCCCCAGCAUCAGUUCGAGCGAAGAGCAUCGCGAAGACUGCCGGCAGGCGGCGCACUUUCUCAAGACGUGCUUCCAAGAGCUGGGCGCCGAGGCGCGCAUCCUGCCUAAUCCGGUGGGCACCAAUCCGCUCGUGCUCGCCACGUUCAAGGCCAACGCCUACCGCUCGCGGCGACGCAGGACGGCGGCGAGUGGCGCAAACGACCGCUCGCGCAGUGCAUCCACCUCGGCGUCGGCGUCGACCGCAUCGACGAGCUCGUCGGAAUCGCGCACCGUGGACAACGACGACGACGACGAGGAGGACGCGCAGGGCCUGAGCGGGUCCAUCAUGUUCGACCACCUGGACGGGCGGGAUGCUGCAGCGGAUGCGGACGAGGCGAGGACGUCGCGCGCGCGACCGCAGAAGCGGUGUCUGUUCUACGGCCACUACGACUGCAUUGCCGCCGAGGGCUCGUGGGCGUCGGAGCCUUUUACGCUCGACGGGCGUGACGGCUUCCUGUACGGCCGCGGUGUGUCGGACAACAAGGGCCCCAUCCUGGCGGCGGCGUGUGCGGUGCAUCGGCUGCUCUCGACGCGCCGGCUGCACUCGGACGUGGUGUUCCUGAUCGAGGGCGAGGAGGAAAAUGGCUCGGUGGGCUUCGUAGAGGCGGUGCGCAGGUUCAAGAGCGAGAUCGGACCGAUCGAUGUGGUGCUGCUCUCCAACUCGUACUGGUUGGACGACGAGACGCCGUGCAUCACGGUCGGGCUGCGCGGUGUGGUGCGCGCGACGGUGAGUGUGGGCAGUGGCGAACGCGAUGUGCACUCGGGCGUCGAGGGCGGCGCGAUCCGCGAACCGAUGGUCGACAUGGUCAAGCUGCUUGCUGCGCUCACUGCUGAGGGAGAGCGUGUUGCGCUGCCCGGAUUCUACGAUGCGGUGAGGCAGACGACCGAGGACGAGGUGCAGGCGUACCGCGAUAUCGUGCACAUCAAACAGCAUGCGGGCGCGCAUGCGGACACGGUGGAGUCGCUCAUGGCCAAGUGGAGAUAUCCCUCGCUGUCGGUGCACAACCUGCGCGUGUCGGGUCCGGGCAACUCGACGGUGAUUCCGUCGAGCGUCGAGGCGCAAGUGUCGCUGCGCAUUGUUCCGGACCAACAGCUGGCGCAAAUCGAGGCGUCGCUGCGCGCCUACGUCGCAUCGACGUUCGACGCGCUGUAUGCGACGCCUGCAUCGGCGACGGGCCGCGUGGUGCGCAACAAGGUGUGCGUCACCGUGGACCACCGUGCCGACUGGUGGCUCGGCUCGGAUGCGAGCGUGUACUUUGCGCUUCUGCGCGAUGCGGUGCGCCACGAGUGGAAGGCGGAGCCCAUCUCGAUCCGCGAGGGCGGCAGUAUCCCGGCGAUUGCGAUUCUGGAAAAGGAGCUGGGCGCGGCGGCAGUGCACUUGCCCAUGGGCCAGAGCAGCGACAGCGCCCACCUGCCCAACGAACGCAUCCGCCAGUCCAACCUCGUCAAGGGCCACAACGUCGUCAUGCGCUUCAUCGCCGGGCUCGCUCAUGUGUAG